AUGGCGCAGACACACAACAUUCUCGUCCUGCCAGGUGACGGCAUUGGCCCCGAGGUCAUGGCCGAGGCUGUUAAGGUGCUGCAAGCAUUCGAAACGCCGCAACGCAAGUUUCAACUACGACACGAGCUCAUAGGAGGAUGUAGCAUUGAUGCCACAGGCAAGCCAGUGACUGAGGAGGUGAAACAGGCUGCAUUGGAUUCGGACGCGGUGCUAUUUGCUGCCGUUGGCGGACCCAAAUGGGAUGGUGCUCGUCGUGGUCUUGAUGGGCCGGAGGGUGGAUUACUCCAGCUACGCAAAGCAAUGGAUAUCUAUGCAAACCUGCGCCCCUGCUCCGCGACUUCGCCCAGCUCUUCCAUCGCAAAGGAGUUUAGUCCAUUCCGGGAGGAAGUCAUUGAAGGCGUUGAUUUCGUCGUCGUGAGAGAGAAUUGCGGAGGUGCUUACUUUGGACGGAAGGUUGAAGAACCAACAUACGCAAUGGAUGAAUGGGGCUACUCCGAAGCAGAGAUCCAACGUAUCGCCCGUCUGUCCGCAGAAGUGGCCCUUCGCCAUGAUCCCCCUUGGCCCGUCAUCUCCUUGGACAAAGCGAACGUCCUCGCCUCAUCUCGUCUCUGGCGCCGGGUAGUAGAGAAGACCAUCACGACUGAGUACCCGCAAGUGAAGCUGAUCCACCAGCUCGCGGACUCGGCCUCGCUCAUAAUGGCGACGAACCCACGAUCCCUAAACGGCGUCAUUCUGGCUGACAAUACUUUCGGUGAUAUGCUUUCCGAUCAAGCUGGUUCGAUUGUAGGAACCUUGGGUGUUCUCCCCAGUGCUAGUUUGAAUGGUCUACCCGGCGACAAGACAUUGAAGACGCGACCUUACGGAUUAUACGAGCCUACUCACGGUUCAGCUCCGGAUAUUGCGGGAAAAAAUAUUGCCAACCCUGUCGCAAUGAUUCUCUGUGUGGCUCUGAUGUUUCGCUACUCAUUAAACAUGGAGGCUGAGGCAAAGCGGGUCGAAGAUGCCGUUCGGAAGGUCCUUGAUUCAGGUGUUCGAACUCCUGAUUUGAAAGGAAAGGUGGGAACCAAAGAGGUUGGUGAUGCUAUUGUAGCUGCUUUGUAA